GUACGGAAACGUAGUUCGCUUUGGAUAAACAGUCAGAAAACAGAAGAAAGUUUAAGCAUCGAUCUCUAAGCCGAAACCAGUUGCUAUGGCUUCUAGAAAAAGAUCUGGUUCUGGUGCAAAACGACCGAAGGAAAAGGUAGUCCACAUCUACGAACUAUUGUGCCGUGGUGAAGAUCCGAGAAGACAGAAUGCACAGUUUUGGGAGGAGUUUUUUCUACUGCAGCCGAACAUGGAUACACUGGAAUGCGAAUUGCUUAAGCUUACUCCGGAACAGUAUCAUUGCGCCAAACACAAUGUACAACAGUUUUUCACGGAAUGCAUACAUAUUCUCUCAACCGGUAGUCCAAAGCGCAUACACAAUGCAUUGCAAACGAUAGGUGUGUUCAUUCAUGUGCUGUUUCGCAAGCUGGCAAUGUCCGGUACAGGUAGCAACGGCAGUGAUUCCAACAAUGGUGGAGGAUCGGGUGGCAUGCCUGCUUCGUUUAUUACCAUCAGUUGCAUAGAGGAUGAUAUGCGCGAAUUAAUGAAACAACUUUACGAAAUACUGUCGAACAACAUUCCCUCGGAACGUCCAAAGGAUCUGUGUUUAAAGAUUUUGCUUAUUAUUGCCACCGGCAUGGACAAUGUAAACGAAAAUUGCCUUAUAGAGUUCAUCAUCGGACAAAAUAUGUUUGAAGUAUUUAAAAACAUGCUAAGCGAUUCCAGUUUGCGGAACCAGCAUGGGCACGACGUAAUUACGCUGCUAACGAUAUUGGUUAAUUAUCGAAAACAUGAAGGAAGCAACCCAUAUGUAGUAGAACUGUCACUACUAGCAGACGAGUUUGCAUUGAACGGCUAUGGACAAGUGAUAUCGUGCGUACUGACAAUGUUCUGCAAGCAACAUCUACUAAGCCUGACAGAGCUCCCAACAUCAUCAUCCUGGUUUUCGUCGUUAUCAAGCAUAGUUGGGAACAUGUUCAUUUCAGACGAUUUGUGUUAUCGAAGCCAACAGAUUCGGGCAAACAAUGCACUCCUUCUGGCACUGUAUGAAGCGAUUCAUUUGAACAGGAAUUUCAUAACCACUCUAGCACAUACGCAAGCAGAUUCCACUCCGCCUUCACCCUGCAAUACCUUAAACAUCAAUGACGGAACUCCUGACCUGUCGGCGGCAGCCAUUCUAGAUGCUUCACAGUACUCAACCAAUCUGUUUGUUGCUUUAUUUCAAUACUGCUCGAUCGUGAUGCAAGAUCAUAAAAGCGAAUUGAGUGCUAUUAAUUUGAAACUUUGUUUGCUUAUUUUGACGUGCAUAGCUGAGGAUCAGUAUGCGAACUCUAUGAUGCAUGACAAUAACCUUACCUUCAAAGUUUCAUUACACCGAGCACACAUGAGACAUAGAAAGCUUACAUCAGAGAAAGUUUCUAAGCCACAACCCUUAGCCACCACUUUACUCGACCUGUUAGUAGAGUUUAUUGUGUCGCAUUUGCUCAAGAAGUUUCCAAUAGAAUUAUAUCUUUUAUGCAUUGGUAUAAUACACCGCGUAAUUAUCUACCAAAAAAGAUGUCGCGUGCGAAUUGCAUAUCACUGGAAGGAAUUAUGGACAGCAAUGAUAAGUUUGUUAAAAUUUCUCAUUUACCAAGAACAAAACCUUAUGAAAAGAUGUAACAUUUUCGAGUUAGCAUUACAGGUGAUAAACAUUUUCAAUCUUUUCAUCACAUACGGGGAUACUUUUCUCGCAACAACUAACAGCUAUGAUGAACUUUAUUAUGAAUUGAAUCGAGAGGAGAAGGUUUUCUGUGAAUUGCACGCAAUGGUACUAAGAUAUGCUUCUAUACAAGACUGUGAUUAUAAAGAAGAUUCGAUUCGACUAUUGAAUGCGCUAUCCAACAUAUUAGCAAUAAUUAAGCAUUUUCAGAUGAAAAUCAAAGAAUGGCUCGCAAGCCAAAGCUUAUCGACACCCACUGAACAGCAAAUAUUAGAACAAAUUCAAAAAAACUAUGAUCUUACGCUUAAGCUUCAGGAUAGCCUCGAUCAAUAUGAACGAUAUAGCGAGCGCCCUAAGCAUGUGUUAUUUUUUGCCAACCUCAUGAAGGAAGUGAUGGGCGAUACCAGGAAAACGGUUUACUAUUUGGUAAAGGAAAGCAACAAAGGUGCAUUUAUUGAAUGUUUAUGCGGUGUUGUGAAUGACGGAACAAGUACAGCCGACGGAACAGAAAUUGGAAUGAUGCAUUCCUCCAGUUGAAAAUGAUCGGCGGUUAAUUGUAGUACUAUUUAGUUAUGCAUCUGUAUGACAGCAAGUUAAAGAAAUUUCUGCUUUUUCCUUAAGCAUUACAAAAAUAUACAUAGCAUAUUCAUUUGUCUUUCGUAAGCGCAAAGAAAAUUUGUUUAUAUUCAUUUGGGAACAGGAUUCGAUUUCGUAUUCUAUACGAAUUAGGGAAAGAAAAGCAAAGAUGUUAAACAAACGUUUUUACGAAUUUUACAUCUUACAUAUAUAGAUCAGCAUUAAAUUAAACAGCAGGGAAGAGCAUAAAGGUAAGAGAGCAAGACGAAGAAGGAAGAACCAACAAAAACGAAAAUGCUCGUAACUUGGAUGGUUCAGUUAUAUAGCUCGUAUUUUUGGUAUUUUCAAUUAAAUGCUUUUAACUAACAACGAAAGCAUGAUUUUGCUUUCAGAACAAGAAAUCUAAUUCUAGACUAAUCUUUACCCAAUGCAUAAUUUAAGGGCAA